GGGGCAUUGAGUUGUGUGUAUGAGUCAAAACCUGAAUGUUAAGAAAUUGCUCCUUAAGAAUUUUCUACGUUCAACUAAACCAGUUUGACUAGCAGCUGGUUUCUGAGUUCUGCCGUCCUUCUCUGUCUGCUUGAGUUAUUUUGAUGGUGUGGCAAUGGGGUGUGCUUUUUUUUUUUUUUUUUUUUGGAAACUUUGUAAUCCCUCCUCCAAGCAUAGAGCGCAAAAAUGACCAGAGGCUGCUUCACGCUUUAGUCACAUGCAGUUGUGCACUGACGAGUUUGGCUGGCUGAGGAGGACAAAAGGAAACUGCAGAUCUUAGAAGAAAGUCGGCUUCCUGAGGUGAAACGGCAUUAAAUUCAGACGGGAGGUAUUUUAUUUGCCCCUGUGGUUUCACUGCUUUGGAAUUUCUUGUAUAAGAAGUAGAAAACCUGCGGCUGAGAUUAUGUGUGUCACAACUUACCAUAAGGAGCAGCACUAAAAAGGAUCUAAUUACGCCAUGUCAAACGGGGGUGGAGCUGCCAGUAGCACCACCCAUUUAUUAGACUUCCUGGAGGAGCCCAUCCCUGGCGUGGGAACUUAUGACGACUUCCACACCAUCGACUGGGUCAGAGAGAAAUGCAAAGAUCGGGAGAGACAUCGGAAGGUGAACAGUAAGAAAAAGGAGUCAGCAUGGGAGUUCACAAAGAGCCUGUACGACGCCUGGUCCGGUUGGCUGGUCGUGACGCUCACCGGUUUGGCAUCAGGUGCUUUGGCUGGCCUGAUUGACAUUGCUGCUGAUUGGAUGAAUGACCUGAAGGAAGGCGUGUGUCUGAGCGCCAUGUGGUUCAACCAUGAGCAGUGCUGCUGGACGUCCAAUGAGACCACCUUUGCUGAGAGGGACAAGUGUCCUCAGUGGAAGAGCUGGGCUGAGCUCAUACUGGGACAGGCCGAGGGUCCUGGCUCAUACAUCAUGAACUACUUCAUGUACAUAUACUGGGCUCUUUCAUUUGCCUUCCUGGCUGUCUGCCUGGUCAAAGUAUUUGCACCCUACGCGUGCGGCUCAGGGAUUCCUGAGAUCAAAACAAUCCUGAGUGGGUUCAUCAUCCGCGGUUAUCUGGGGAAGUGGACGCUGAUGAUCAAGACUAUAACCCUGGUUCUGGCUGUGGCAUCAGGCCUCAGCCUGGGUAAAGAGGGUCCCUUGGUACAUGUGGCCUGCUGCUGUGGGAACAUCUUCUCCUACCUCUUCCCCAAAUACAGCAAGAACGAGGCAAAGAAACGAGAGGUCCUCUCUGCUGCAUCAGCUGCUGGUGUGUCUGUUGCUUUUGGAGCACCAAUUGGAGGUGUUCUCUUCAGCUUGGAGGAGGUGAGUUACUACUUUCCACUCAAAACUCUGUGGCGCUCCUUCUUUGCCGCCCUGGUGGCGGCCUUCGUCCUGCGCUCCAUUAACCCGUUCGGGAACAGCCGCUUGGUGCUGUUCUACGUGGAGUACCACACGCCGUGGUACCUGUUUGAGCUCAUUCCCUUUAUCCUCCUGGGAGUGUUUGGGGGGCUUUGGGGAGCCUUUUUCAUCCGAGCCAACAUCGCCUGGUGCCGGCGGCGCAAGUCCACGCGCUUCGGAAAGUACCCGGUAUUGGAGGUGAUCCUGGUGGCGGCCAUCACAGCAGUCGUGGCUUUCCCGAACCCUUACACGCGUCAGAACACCAGUGAGCUGAUCAAGGAGUUGUUCACCGAUUGCGGCCCUCUGGAAACGUCCCAGCUCUGCAAGUACCGCAGCCAGAUGAACGGCAGCAAAGCUUUCACCGACGAUCCCAACCAGCCGGCAGAGCCCGGGGUCUACUCCGCCAUGUGGCAGCUCUGCCUAGCGCUCAUCUUUAAAAUCAUCAUGACCAUCUUCACAUUUGGGCUGAAGGUACCGUCAGGUUUGUUCAUCCCCAGCAUGGCCAUCGGCGCCAUCGCAGGCCGAAUCGUUGGCAUCGCCGUGGAGCAGCUGGCUUAUUACCACCACGACUGGUUUCUGUUCAAAGAGUGGUGCGAGGUGGGGGCGGACUGCAUCACGCCAGGGCUUUAUGCUAUGGUGGGGGCCGCGGCCUGUUUGGGUGGUGUGACGCGUAUGACCGUCUCUCUUGUCGUCAUCGUCUUCGAGCUGACGGGCGGGUUGGAGUACAUCGUUCCCCUCAUGGCAGCCGUCAUGACCAGUAAAUGGGUGGGCGACGCCUUUGGCCGAGAGGGGAUCUACGAGGCUCACAUCCGCCUGAACGGGUACCCGUUCCUGGAUGCCAAAGAGGAGUUUACGCACACCACGCUAGCCAGAGAGGUGAUGAGGCCCCGGCGCAACGACCCGCCUUUAGCGGUCCUUACGCAGGACGACCUGACGGUGGAGGAGCUGCAGAGUGUCAUCAAUGAAACCAGUUACAAUGGUUUCCCAGUCAUAGUGUCCAAGGAGUCGCAGAGGCUGGUGGGCUUCGCCCUGCGCAGGGACAUCACCAUCGCUAUAGAAAACGCUCGUCGGAAACAGGAAGGCAUUUUACUAAACUCCAGGGUGUACUUCACCCAGCAUGCGCCUUCACUGCCAGCUGACAGCCCGCGGCCCCUCAAGCUGCGCUCCAUCCUGGACAUGAGCCCCUUCACAGUCACUGACCACACCCCCAUGGAGAUUGUGGUCGACAUCUUCAGAAAGCUGGGGCUGCGCCAGUGCCUGGUCACACACAACGGGAUUGUGUUGGGCAUCAUCACAAAGAAGAAUAUAUUAGAGCAUCUGGAGGAGCUCAAGCAGCACACGGAGCCCCUGGCGACUUCUUGGUAUUAUCACAAAAAAAGACAUCCUCCGUCACAUGGCGCAAAUGGCAAACCAAGAUCCAGAGUCCAUCAUGUUCAACUGAUCCGUUCCUUCCAGGAUGGCUGGGGGCGGGGGGGUGAAGGUAGUGAUGAGGAGGAUGAGGAGGAGGAGGUGGUGUGCCUCCUGAACGGCUCCAACCUCUGACACAUGGACCCCUCUGUUUCAUGUUUUCAACCUCCCUCCCUCCCUGACUGACUGACUGAGGCCCUCAGAGACUCCAACGGGGGGGGGGACCAUCAUCCAGCUGCUGAGAACAAACACUGACCUGAGGAACGCACCUUUGCAGGCCACAGACACGCCCCCUCCACCCGCACACACUUCAGACAUGCAUGCUGUGUCCACAAACACACAUACAUGACCCCGCCCCACCUGUAAAGCGACACCCAUCGACACUCGUCAUAUGUGCCUCCUCUUCCUUAAUGUCUUUACUGAGGUGGGGGUCAAAGGUCAGAAUGAACCGCCCCCCCAGUACCAUCAAGAUGCUCUAUUAGGCCUCCAAAAAGAAGAAAAAAAACCACAUAUUGUUUACUUGUGUGAGGAUGUCUCUGUGUGUUGCACCUCCACAUUCCAGACAGGUCGCCAUGGCAACUGAGAAGACGUGCUCCCAUUGCUUCAGGACACACAGCUGCUCUGUGAUGGCUUAUGUUUGUGGUACAGAGGAGAUCCAGGCAGCAUUUCAAGAACAAAAAAAGAAAAAAAGUUCCCAGUCUGACGGAAAGAAGUGGGAAAAAAAGUUUGUGUUCAUUUGUGAGCCGAGAGAUGGAUGUGUGUGCUUCCUGUCCGUGUGAGGAUGACUGAGGAACGAAGAAGUGCCCGGCUUCUAUUGCACUGUCAGAAGAAAAAGAUGUUUUCUUCUUCCUUUUUUCACCUGUUGAAUUCAUUUCUGCCUAAAAGAUUUGUCUUCUCUUCCUUUUCAUCCUCCCUUUUUUUAAAAUUGGGUCAGAUAUGCGUUUUCAAAAUAAAAGCAGUUAACGAAUGUUUUAUCGUUAACACACUGAUCACAUUGAAGUUUAAUUUGAUCUACAUUCAUAACCAGAUUAAAAAUAGUCAACGAGAUAUUUAAUAAUUUUCAUGAAAACACUAAAUGGGUUGAAGGUUUUCCUUCAGUUCAGUCUAAACCUGACGUGAAGGAGGGUAAACAUGACUCGGCAGAUUUUUUUUUUGUUUUUUUUUGUUUCAGCUCUUAAGAGACACCAUGUUUCCCCGUUCCAUCAUCACAUGACUCAUCACGUGGAACUGGUGGUGUUUGUGUUUGCAGGGCUUUUAUUUUUUCGUUUUCCUGUGAAGGUUUUUGCGUUGCGGUGACUGUCGUUCAUGCAGUGACGGUGCGACUCAGAGCCAAUCAUCAUCUCCGUCAGUCUGUGGUGUUACCUAACAUAUUUCAUAUUGAUCUCAAUGUUUUAUUUUUUGUUUUUUAAUUUAUGGGUAGUGUUAAUAGAGUUGUGCAUUAUUAUUAUAAAGAAUUUUAUGUAUGAUUGCUUUGAUUGUUUGACUGUACAUUUGAAAAAAAAAGCAUAUGUAAAAAAAAAGAAGAAAUUUUGUUUAAAUUAAAGGGAGAAAAGAUUCCAAUUGCA